GCAGGGGAUGGGCCUGGACACUGGAAUGUGGUUUCAUUCCAGGCAUUGAGUCACAACGAGAGUCCCACACCUUGCAGAGGUAUGUCAUACCUGACCCACUGAGUCACUGUGGUGAGCACAGCCUCUAAUACGGCAGUGCAGAGCUCCCCACCGCAGCAUAGAUCCACCACCUCUGCCAGUGAAGACGUCUGCAGGAUGAGAGAACAUGACUGAGGCACAGCAGCCACAGGUAACGGCAAUCUCUCAUGACCAGAAGCUUCUGAAUGGAGACGCACAGCAGGAACUCCAGGUACUGGUCAGUGAUCCAUCACAGCCCUCGAAACCCCCAGACGGCCAGCAGAAAAGAAGAAGUCCUUACAGGUAUUUCCUGUCCUGCAGCCAGAGAAGACUGGCCAUAAUUAGCAUUGUGUGCGGGGUCUCCUGCCUCGGGAUCAAAGCCUUAAUCCUGGCUCUGCAGGCAGAGCAGGAAUCUGACCAGCAGAUGAAGGCCACCCUCUCCCGCCGCUCCCGGAGAUUCUCUGUCCUGAGUAUCCUGCUAUUUGUGGGCGCUCUUGUGUCUCUGCCCUUCCUUCUGGUUCUCAUCUCUUACCUGAUGACACUGAUUGAAUGACGUCAGCGGUCUCCAUGUAAUGUGAAGGGCAAGAAGAUUUCCCCCAAAGACUGAACCCCAAACUCUGUCUAAAGUUCCUGUAUAUAGAGUGUUUUAUACUUGUGUAUAUGAUGUGUAUUUAAUAAAACCUGAACAGA